UUGCUUGCUUCUCAUCUCUCCUUUUAAGUUAGUCCCCCAUAGCAAUGACUUUAUAACAGUUGCAUAACAGCAUCUGUCAGACCACAAAGAGACCCCAAAACAGAACCCUCUCCCCAGGAAAAAAAAAAAUGAAGCCAUGGCCUGAAAUUGUUAUAUAUCCACAACCACCAUUGCUACCAUUCAAGGCAAAUGACAUUUCUUCUUCUUCUUCUUCUUCUUCUUCUUCUUCUUCAUAAUCUCCUUGUUCUUUCUCUUCCCUUUCUGCAAUGUCCAUGGUGAAUGUAGACAUUGCUUCCCUUUCUCUCAGUCCCAGCAACAACUAUGGGAGAGGAGAACCUUUCCCUACCACCUCUCUUUUCCCUUACAUCAACAACAAGGGCUCCACUGAGUACACUAUUUCGAAUGAAGACAAUGUUGCUAAUGGGACCAAGGAGUGUGGAGACAGCAGUGGGCAGUCAAAGCUAUGUGCAAGGGGACAUUGGAGGCCAGCUGAGGAUUCAAAGCUCAAGGAACUUGUUGCCCUCUAUGGCCCUCAGAAUUGGAACCUCAUUGCUGAGAAGUUGGAAGGCAGAUCAGGGGAAGAGCUGCAGAUUGAGGUGGUUUAACCAGUUGGAUCCAAGGAUAAACAGGAGGGCAUUCAGUGAAGAUGAGGAAGAGAGGCUAAUGCAGGCUCAUAGGGUUUAUGGGAACAAAUGGGCAAUGAUAGCUAGGCUGUUCCCAGGGAGGACUGACAAUGCUGUGAAGAAUCAUUGGCAUGUGAUUAUGGCUAGGAAGUAUAGGGAGCAGUCAAGCGCCUAUAGGAGGAGGAAGUGGGUGCAAAGCAACAGUCCUACUGCUUCAGCUGGUAGAACAGAAGUUGGUGCUAAUGUGGUUUCUCCUUACCAAAUUGGAGACGACUUCAUUAAUGGGGCAAAUGGAGGAGGAGGAAGAGGAGAUGGAGGAAUAAUCAAAGGUGCCCCUCAGCACAUUAAUGGAGUUUGUGCUCAGCAGCAGACAACCUUUGAUUUCUUUCCUGGUCCCAAGAACAAUGACAUGAUGAUAAUGGGGAUGUUGAGCCAGACCAGAUCUUGUUGGGAUCACCAUUUCAACCUUUCUUCUCCUCCUUGUGCUUCUUCUUCUUCUCCAUCUCCCCACAACGGCAACAUCAGCUACAGCUACAGCAACUGUGAUAUGAAUGUGGGUAUGCAACAGCCAAAUUACUCCUUAAACCAUGUGGUGAAUAUUUGUUCUUCAUCAGGAGAUCAGCAAGGGAAAGGUGCUGCUACUAGUAAUAGUAGUAAUAAUCAUAACAGUAGUGGAAGUGGGCAUUUUGAGACCAUUGCACCACCAUUCAUUGACUUUCUUGGGGUAGGAGCCACAUAAUGAACUUGUUCUCUUUUUGUUUUGUUUUGUGGACAAGGAAAGAAGAAGAAAGAGGCCUUGUUGUGGAUGUGCUCCAAUAUUAUUGAGAGGCCAUUUGGGGUGGAAAAAAGAUGGAAGUUGGUAAAUGUUGAUAGGGUGUCCUCUUUAAAAACGUUCAAAUGAUCUUUAGAUUCUUUAUACAUUUGAUUUUCUUUUUUCUUAACAUAUACUCAAUAACAAAA